AUGACCUUCUCGGCUUCAUCCCUGAAGGACCCAGGUCUCUUUGUCGUCAACAAGACGUAUAUCGCAGGGCAAUGGGUGUCGGCCAUAUCCGGCCAGACGUUUGAGGUCAAGAGCCCAGCAACCGACACGGUCAUUGGGGGGGUUCCGGAAUCAGGGGUCGACGACCUGAACGAUGCCAUUAAAGCCGCGUCUGGCGCGUUGGAGGGUUGGAAGCGUCUAUCCGGCCGGCAGCGCGGGCGAAUUCUACGCAGGGUUUUUGAGCUUCUGGUGGAGCAUCAAGAGGACCUCAGUACGAUCAUCACCCUGGAGAAUGGCAAGGCCAAGGCUGAUGCCACGGGAGAAGUCAUAUUAUCGGCGAACUUCUUCGAAUGGUAUUCCGAAGAGGCGGCCAGGAUCUAUGGAGACGUGAUCCCGAACAGUACCCCGAACUCUCGGACUCGAGUUGUCAAGGAGCCCAUUGGUGUGUGCGGUCUCAUUACGCCGUGGAAUUUUCCUCUGGCCAUGGGCGUGCGUAAGAUCGCCGCUGCUUUGGCAGCGGGCUGUACGAUAGUGCUGAAGUCGGACGGCUUGACUCCAUUUUCAUCCAACGCUUUGGCCGUAAUAGGCGAGCGUGCUGGGAUCCCCAAGGGCGUUUUCAAUAUCGUAACGGCGGCCCAGAAUACCCCCCAACUCGGCCUCGCUCUUUGCGAGUCGGACAUUGUCAAGAAAAUCUCGUUUACCGGGUCGACGAGGGUUGGCAAAAUACUGUAUCAACAAUCUGCACGGACACUGAAGAAGCUCAGUCUAGAACUCGGUGGUAACGCGGCGUUUAUUGUCUUUGACGAUGCAGAUCUCGAAAUUGCCAUCUCCAGUCUCCUCACCGCCAAAUUCAAGGUCACCGGGCAGACGUGCGUGUGCGCGAAUCGGAUCUUUGUCCAACAAGGGAUUUAUCAGAAAUUCAGUCAAAGGCUGAUCGAGGAAGUCAAGAAGUUUCGAGUGGGAAAUGCACUCAUCGUCACUGAUGGGUCUAUUACUCACGGACCGCUUACCAACGGCACUGAGAAGGUCGAAUCGCACAUCAAGGACGCUGUUAGCAAAAAUGCCAAAGUCCUGCUGGGCGGGAACAGCCUUCCAUCCCUGGGUCGGAACUUCCACGAGCUUACCAUUCUCGGCGACGUCGACGAUACCAUGCAAGUCACCAAGGAAGAGACCUUUGGGCCAGUCGCUGCGCUGCUGAAAUUCUCAUCAGAGGACGAAGUCGUCGAAAGGGCCAACAACUCGGACGUGGGUUUGGCGUCGUAUGUCAUGACCACUGACCUUGCAAGGUCGCACCGCGUGAGUGAGAGGCUGGAGACUGGCAUGGUUGCCAUCAAUACGGGAGUGGUCUCGGACGCACCGGUUCCAUUUGGAGGCAUCAAACACUCUGGGUUCGGCCGGGAAGGCAGUAAAUAUGGGCUCGACGACUAUCUAACCCUCAAGAUGGUCGUCACUGGGGGAUUAUGA